CAUAGUCGAACACAGACGGGGUAUUCAAAUCAUUAUCAACGGCGAUCCUCGUUACUUACCGCCAUUGAUUUCUGGUGCUGAAGCAAUAUUCUAGCUCAUGUCUCGUAUCGCUCUUUCCACUAUUCAGGCAUUAACCUUCUAUAAAGACUCUCUGACCACCUCUCGGCGAGGAAAACCUAUUCAACAGCUACAGUGCGUCGGAGGACCAUGCGACCUUUUCGAACCUGAUGUUGUACGCUGUGUCAAUCAAGGUGGUGAAGGAGUUGACGUAGAUUGGAAGUGUGAGGCGGACCUUCCAGAAGCAUUGCGUUUCGGGAGAGUACAAGUGUCUUGCGAAGGGUGGUCUUCUCCCGGAGACUCAUAUGUUCUCAAAGGCUCCUGCGGCCUUGAGUAUCGCUUGGUGCAGGUUCCAAAUAAACUUAGAAAUACUGGAAGCGACAGACAGUCUUACUCUGAUCAUAGUGAUUGGUUCUCCUCGGAGAACUUGGCUUCCCUUGUCUUCUACGCUCUUUGGUUCGGUAUAUUGGCAUUCAUAAUUUACGCUUUCUUGAAAUCAUGCUUGGGCGAACGUCCACGCACGCCCGGUUCUUCUUCUCAACAUCCUCCUGCACCUGGUCCUUCCGGUGGUGGAUGGUUUCCAAACCGCAGUCCUUACAGCGAUGGUACGGACACACCGCCGCCAUACUCGAAAUACCCUUCGUCUUCCACAACCGGGCAGCCCUCUGCGGGUGCCAGCGGUCUAGGAGCGGGGAAUUUCUGGACAGGUUUGGCUUUGGGCGGUCUUGGGACCUACUUCAUGAAUCGCAAUCGCGGCGGACGAGUCGAUACCGAGUUCGAUAGGGUUCAACGUGAACGAGAACGAAGGAGAGAAUGGGAUUGGGAGCGGGAACGUAGACGGCCGACUGCGUCGAGUAGCGGAAGGCUCUUCGGACGGCAGCCGAGUUCGGAUUCGACGUCUAGAUUCGGUUCGACGAGUCUCGGAGAGGGGGCAUCGGGCUUGGGCUCAAUGAGGAGAAGCACAGGGUAUGGUGGCUCCAAUGUCCGGUAGACGAACUUGUGAUGUAAGAAUAAUGUGAAUUACUUAUUUGUAGCCCAUCAGUUGUACUGGGCUUGAUUCCACUCAACGCCCCUCAGCCUAGCCAAGACCUCUUACCUUUGUAUCUACUGGGUCUAGAUGAUGGUCGAACCUUCCAAAUCGAUAUUAGGGAAGGUUAGACCUCGGGCUCGCUCGAGAUACUUCCAAUAAUCUGCCGGAUUAUGUAUUCCGGC